AUGUAUUCAAAAUGGAAUUUAAAUCAAUAUUUAACUUAUCUUCUAUUAACACUUGUUUUUCUUUCAUCAUGGACAGAUAUCAAUGGAAUCUAUGCUGAAUUACCACAAAUUGUUUUAACACAACCUGAAAGUUGGAAAUUAGGUGCAUAUCUUGCAUUAAUUACAAAUCUUGGAAAUAUUGCACCAUUUAUAUUAGUUCUUAUAAAAGUUUUCUAUCGAAAACAUACACUUAAUCCUGUACCAAUUAAUUAUAUUGUUAUACUUAUUGGAAUGCUUUCAUGUUUUCUAUUGAUUUUCUUUUGGUCAUAUACAACAAUGAUUGGUAAUGAAAAACGUAGUACAGCAUUAUUAAUACUUGCAUUUUUUCUUUCAUUACUCGAUUGUACAUCAUCAAUAUCAUUUGCUGAUUAUAUACAUCGAUUUGGAAAAGAAUUUACAAGUAGUCUUUUUCUUGGAGAAAGUCUUACAGCUAUUUUACCAAGUUUAUUAGCAAUUAUACAAGGUAAUGGUCAAAUUAAUUGUAUACAAUCAACGAAUGAAACAAAUACUACUAUACCUGUUUAUCAAACUGCUCGAUUUUCUGUAUCAAUUUAUUUUUUAUGUUUAUUUUUAUUUUUGACAAUUUCAUUCAUCGCAUUUGUAUUAUUACAAUGGACAUCAGUUGCUAAACAAAUACAACGGAUAACACCUGAAAUAUCAUUAGAACCAAUGAAUACAAAUCAUCAAACAAAUAAAUCUUUAACUACUGUAUCGUAUAUUUUACUAUCAUUAGGAUGUACUUAUACGAGUUCAAUUCUAUUUGGAAUGAUUUUAUCAAUUUCAACAUAUGUUUUAAUGCCAUAUGGACAUCGAAUAUUUUAUCUAGGAACAAUUAUAUCACCAUGGAUGUUAACACUUGUUUGGAUAUUUGGUUUAAUAAAACCUUUAAUAUCUAAACGUUAUCUAUUAAUUUUAAUUAUACUUGGAUCGAUUACAUUUGCAUUUAGUUUAUUUGUUUCAUUUAAAAGUCCUUGUCCACCAUGGGUUGAUACAACUAAAGGUAGUGUUCUGAUAUUAAUCAUAUGGCUUAGUACUUAUAUUUUAUUGGGUUAUCCACGUUUGGUUAUUGCAAAUUAUGUACGAAUACAUUCAUCAAAUGGAAUGUUUUGGUAUGGUGUUAAUGUACAAUUAGGUGCAUUAAUCGGUUCUAUUAUUGCUUAUCUUUUAGUAGAAACAUUUUCAUCAUUUCAUGAACGAUUGCCAUGUGAACAAAUGACUUGUUAA